UUUUGCAUUACUCUCUCUUACUUUGAAAUUUUUCUUUAAAAAAUUAUCGAAUCGAAAAACACUAAAAAAACAAAAAUGAACCCACAAAACAUUUUUGAAAACUCUACAAACGCUGCCAUUAUUCCUUUGAUAACAUUUGAUGAUGAUGAAAAUCAAUCGGAAAAUAAUAGAAAUGCGGCUGAUAUUCCGUUAAUCAUAUUUGAUGAUGAUGACGAUCAGUCUGAAAAUAAUAUAAAUGCUGCCGAACAUCCAUUAAUAAUAUUUGAUGAUAAUGAAGAUCAUCAAUAUGAAAACAUGGAUCAAAAUGCCAAUGAAUUGGCAAAUGAUGAUGAAUCAAUAUUAAACCAAUUUGACCCAUUGCCACCCCAUGAUGAAGACGAUUUACCAUGGGAAUUUCAUUGGCAUGAUUUCAUGGAAUUCGCCAGAAUAGUUGGCGACGAUGUUUGGUUUUUUAACGCUGAAGAUGAAAUUAUGUUAAUGGAAGAUGACGAAGAAGAAAUAUUUAUUAAUGUUGACGAUGCAUUAUUAUUCCUAGAUGAUUUAGAUUCUGACGAAGAAUUUACCACAAGUGGUUACUGCAGCGGUAGUCAAUCAUCAGGUUCUUCUGAUAUUAGUUUUUGAAUCGGCAGCGUGAAUGAUAAACGUUAAAAAUUCUAAUGUUUGAAUUAUGUUUUAUAAAUUUUCUA